AUGGCAGUUGUGCAAGUCAACAAUAAAGCAGGAAAUUUGUUCUACAAUGCUAUAAGUGGUGAAGAAUAUGAGAAAAUCUCUAGCUUUGAUGAAGUCAAAGAAAUGUGGGAUAAGCUUGAAGUUACAUACGAGGGAACCAGUAAAGUGAAGGAAACACAUAUCAAUAUGUUGGUUCAUGAUUAUGAACUCUUCCAAAUGAAAGAAGGAGAAUCCAUUGAGGAAAUGUUUGCCAGAUUUAGUAAAAUCAUUAGCGACUUAAAGGCUUUCGGCAAACCAUACUCAAGCGGUGAUCAAGUUAGAAAGAUUCUUAGAAGUUUACCAACCACUUGGCAAACUAAAGUAGUCACACUUGAAUCACAAGAUCUGAAUAAACUAUCUUGUGAUGAACUUCGUGGAGAACUCAUAGCCUUCAAAAAAACGUAUCUCAAGAAAACAAACCAAGAAGAAAAGAAAAAGACAGUUGCGUUCAAGGCCACACGUGAGAUAGCUGAGAAUGAUAUCAAUGAUGAUCUUGAAGCUCUCCAAGAAGAAAUUGCUAUGAUGUCAAGAAACAUGGAUGGCUUAAUGAGAAGAUUCAGGAACACGAGAAGAGGAAGGAUUCCACCUAGGCAAACCAGGCAAUACAAUGAACAAGAUAAGAAUGAUGGAAAAUGCUAUGAGUGUGGAAAAUUUGAACAUAUUCAAGCUGAAUGUCCAGAUCUACAAAGAAAAAUCUCUAGAGGUUUCAACAAAAACAAAUCAUUUAGAAGCUGGAGUGAUGAAGACAGUUCAGAACACGAAGAAGUAGAAAAUCUUUGCUUCAUAAAAAUUCUGAAAAAUGAUAUGAACAAACUUUCAGGAUGCUGGACAAACGAGGACAUUUCAGACGAUGAGUGCAAAGAUAACAAUGAAAAUUGCUUCAUGGCUCGAGGUGAAACAAGCAAGGAACACCACCGAAGAAAUCGCAAAGGAAAAUGGUACUUAGACAGUGCGUGUUCCAGCCACAUGACAGAUAAUAAAAGCCUAUUCAAAGAAGUUACAAAAAUAGAUGGAGAAAGCGUUAAGUUUGGCGAUGAUUCAAAAGGAAAAAUAAUUGGUAUCAGAAUGAUCCCCUUCAAUAACAAUUGUGAUAUCACUGAGGUUUAUCUAGUUGAUGGGCUUAACUACAACCUUCUGAGCAUAAGUCAGCUUUGUGAUUUAGGAUAUGAGGUAAAGUUUAAGAAAACAUGUUGUGCUAUUGAAGAUGAGACAGGUAAAACAAUCCUUCCAGGUAAAAGGUAUGGAAAUGCUUACAUUCUUAAUGGUUUUGAAAAUAUUGACGGUCAUAUCUGUUUAACUUCAAUAUCUGAUGAUCCCUGGUUGUCGCAUAGGAAACUUGGUCAUGCAAGCAUGCAUCUGAUUGAAAAAAUUUCCAAGCAUGAUUUAGUUAUUGGUUUACCAAAAUUGAAUUUCUCUAGAAAUCAUAUAUGUGAUGCUUGUCAAAUUGGAAAACAAACUAGAAACUCUUUCAAAAACAAGGAUAUUGUAUCCACUUCUAAACCCUUGCAAUUGCUUCAUAUGGAUUUAUUUGGACCUACUAGAACCGCUAGCAUAGGAGGUAAAAGAUAUGCUUUUGUUAUUGUUGAUGAUUAA